AUGGAGGCUGGGAGCAGCAACGAUUAUAACAGCCCAGAGUGGCAGCAAGCGGGCGAGAACGCCGACCCACAAGACCUGGCAGGUCCAGGUGCGCAUGGCAGACUGGAGUGCAAAGUCAGCAGCCCUCAGAAGGAAGGCGAAGGCACCCCGAACCCAUAUGUUUCCUACCUGGUCACCACCGAUACCGACUUCAAGUCCUUUGUGGAAUCUCAUAUAACAGUUCGGCGACGCUACACGGACUUUGUCUUUCUGUACCGCACGCUCAGCAAAGAGUAUCCCCAGUGCGCAGUGCCGCCUCUCCCGGACAAGCAUAACAUGUCGUACGUACGAGGCGAUCGCUUUGGACCGGACUUCACGAACCGAAGAGCAUAUUCACUAAACCGAUUUCUGAAGCGACUAACUCUACACCCCGUACUUCGGAGGGCGACGCUUCUGGCGCUCUUCUUAGAAUCGAGCGACUGGAAUGCGACCAUGAAGAGCAGGCCGAACAGAGGCAUGAGCGGGAGUGAAAGUGGAAGUGGUUCAGUGCUCGAAAGCUGGACUGAUAGCUUUCUUAACGCCUUCACGAAGCCGCACAAGACCGAUAAGCGAUUUCAGGACGUCAACGAGCGCGCCUCGAAGCUCGACGAUGAUCUCGGCACUGUUAGCAAGACCGUCGCCCGCGUCGCGAAACGAGAAGGCGAUCUGGAAGCCGACUACGGCGAUCUUGCGACCCAAUUCCAGAAGCUUGCCGCUCUCGAGCCAGGUGUCAACGACGAACUGACCAAGUUCGCAACGUCGGUGCAUUCCACGAGCGAAGGUUGGAAAGACCUGAAAGACUUCACCGACCAGGACUACCUGGGGUCGCUGAAAGAUAUGGAAGCAUAUAUCACAGCGGUCAAGGCACUUCUCAAAACACGCGAACAGAAACAGCUAGACUUCGAAGGUCUGACAGAAUACCUGAACAAGGCCGCCCAAGAACGCGACACACUCGCAUCGCACGGCUCCAUCGGCGCUUCUGGCUUCUUGCGGCAGAAGAUUGAGGAUGUGCGCGGCGUCGACCACGAACAAGCAAGACGAGAACGACAGCGGAAACUCGAAGUCCAGAUCUCAAGACUGACCACCGAAGUGGAGGCAGCCAAGAAGACAACCGAGGCCUUCGACGAAGAAGUGGUAAAAGAAGUAGCAGAUUUUGAAAGGAUUAAAGCGGUCGAGUUCAGGGACACGCUGGGUGGACUGGCAGAGGCCAACAUCAAAUUCUUCCAAAACAAUAUUGCAAUCUGGGAACGUUUUGUUCAAGACAUGGAGAAAGGACAAGCUGCUGCUGCUAAGGCGUCAGGAUAAUGAACGGAGGGAGGAAAGUCUAGUAGGGCAUCAUCAUGUCAUGUUCAUCAUGCAACUUCCACCCCAUGAAAUGCAAAUGCAGUGAAACAGUCACAGCCACUCACGUGCAAAAAAUAGCAAAUCUCACCACCC